UCUGGUUGCCGACUAGCCUGCCGCCGCCCCAGUCUACGGCGACUGAGUAUAAUGCGGGCUCUUGGCUUCCCCCUGGACGGGGUACUGGACCCUGGCACCACGGCGCGGUGGCCGGCAUCGCCAGGCCCGGCAAGACGGUGCCGAUGGCCAGAGCCACUACUGCUACCCACAUGGCCGUGCGAUGCCGCGCACGGUCAAUGCGCCCCAUCACUCUUGCACUGGGAGCACUGGGUUGCGUCUGGAUCUCACACCAUGAACUGCAGACCCGCGGUGUGACAGACACGAGCCCCGAGGCGAUGAAGUGGACGGCAUGUCUACCCGCGUUACUAUUACCGCACCUGGAGGAAGCCAGUUUGCACGCAACGAUGGCUGUCGUCGCAAGGUGCUGUCGUGUUCGCCGUGAAAGAGGAGCAUGA